AUGUCAUUGUCUGAGGUCUUAGCCUUCAGAGUUUACGUGUUUGUUUUGAUUUGCAGGUCUGUGCUGUCCUUUGGACUACAGGUAUUUCAAGUCGCCUUGAGUGAUAACAACUAGGUUCUUUUGGAAAGAAAUUGAUUUCCAAUCAGGCUGAUAUCAUCCACUUGUUUGCAGAUUAAGAAAAGCUAGGACAAUCAGAUGAAAAGAAGAAUGUCUGCACUGCUGAGUGAUGCGAGUGCCUUAAGUAUUGGGGCUGGUGUCGUUACCGCCGUUACUGCGGCCGCUGCUACCUACUAUCUGUCCACUCGACCAGAACCAAACAUCCUCCCUCCAAUUGACCUUGAUGACCAGUCAAUUGUAUUAGAGGAUGGAACAAGGAUCUCAAGAUUCAGUGAAAACGGAAAAUUAAUGAAAUACCUAUAUGACGAUGUAAAAACUACUUAUGAUGCUUUUCAAAGAGGUUUAAAAUUAUCAGGAGAUGGGCCAUGUUUAGGCACAAGAACAGGACCGAAUUUGGAGUAUGUGUGGAUGACUUAUAAGGAGGUCUUUGAAAAAUCUCGAGCAUUUGGUUCCGCUUUAUUGGCGCGUGGUUUAAAACCAAAUGAUUCAUCAUUAAUUGGGAUCUACAGUGUAAACAGGCCAGAGUGGGUGUUCACUGAGCAGGCAUGUAGCAUGUUCUCCAUGGUGUCUGUACCUCUCUAUGAUUCUCUGGGACCUGAUGCAUGCAAAUACAUCAUCAAACAAGGUGAUAUUGCCUAUGUUGUUUGUGACACUGCACAGAAAGUCAAAAACUUGUUGGCCAAAGCAGACCAAUGCCCCUCAUUGAAAUGCAUAAUCAUGAUGGAGUCACCUUCGGAAGAACUCAAAUCUGAGGCAGCCAAGCAUAAAAUUGAGCUCCUUCAAUACAAGGACUUCUUGGAACUUGGUGAGAAGAAUCUUCAAGAACCAAAGCCUCCAAAGGAAUCAGAUUUGGCUACGAUUUGUUACACCAGUGGAACAACAGGUGAUCCAAAAGGUGUGAUGUUGACCCAUGCCAAUCUCAUUUGUAACAUGUCAUCUGUAGCUUUUAUUGCCUUGAAAGCCAUUACGGUGGACAAGAAUGAUGUUCAUAUUUCAUAUCUUCCUCUUGCCCAUAUGUUUGAAAGAGGAAUGGAGAUUAUCUGUUUCAUGCAUGGUUGUAGAGUGGGAUUUUUCCGUGGAGAUGUGAAACUGUUGACCGAGGACAUGCAGGCAUUGAAACCUACACUAUUUAUCACUGUUCCGCGACUUUUAAAUAGGAUCUAUGACAAGAUUGAAAACAGUGUACAAGGCAGUGCAUUCAAGUCAAAGCUGUUGGAAUGGGCAGUGGCAGCAAAAUCUCAGGAAGUUGAAAGUGGUAUUGUGAGAAAAAAUAGUAUCUGGGAUAAACUGCUGUUUGGGAAAGUACAGAAAUUAUUGGGAGGAAGAGUGAAGAUUGUCAUCACUGGGUCUGCUCCACUGGAGGCCAAAGUUUUCAAGUUCAUCAGGGCAGCAUUUGGUUGUGUGGUCAUGGAGGGGUAUGGACAGACAGAGGCCACAGCUGGAAUUACAUUCAGUAUACCAGGGGAUCCUUCAAUAGGCCAUGUUGGUUGCCCUCUUCCUUGUGCCAAAGUUAAACUGGUUGAUGUGCCAGAAAUGGAUUAUUAUGCAAAGGACAAUAAAGGAGAGAUUUGCAGUUACAGUCCCAGUACCUUCAUUGGAUAUUACAAGAAUGAAGAGAAGACAAAGGAAACUAUAGAUGAUGAUGGCUGGCUUCACACAGGAGAUAUUGGCCAGUGGUUACCAAAUGGAACACUGAAAAUUAUUGAUAGAAAGAAGAACAUAUUUAAACUUUCUCAGGGAGAAUACAUUGCUACAGAGAAGAUAGAAAAUUGUUAUACCAGAAGUAGAUUUGUUGCUCAGGCAUUUGUAGAUGGAAACAGUCUGAAGAAUAAUGUGGUGGGGAUAAUUGUACCUGACCCUGAGGUCAUGCCAGGAUGGGCCAAAGAACAGGGAAUGUCACCAGACAUGGAAGAACUCUGUAAAAAUAAGAAAGUCAGAGAAAUGAUUUUUAAGGACAUAACAAAAGUUGGAAAGGAAGCAGGACUGAAGACAUUUGAACAGGUGGCAAACAUUCAUCUUUUUCCCGAACUAUUUUCCCUUGAGAAUAACUUGCUGACCCCCACCUUUAAAAACAAGAGACCAGUUCUGAGGAAGACAUUUCAGCCUGUGAUAGAUGAACUGUAUGCUGAAUUUGAAAGAUGAUUUUUUUACAUUGUGAAGGAUGGAUUGUUGAUGCUAUUUUAUUUUUUAAUGAGACUUUAUGAAGAUAUUGUGAACUAGAAUAUAUAUAGAAUGUAUCAAUUAUGUAUUAGUCCAUUUAUAUAAAUGUUCAAAUAUGACAGCCAAGUUCUGACAAAAAACCCUGCACACUUUCAGAGAUGGUAAAAUUGCAGCAUACUGUGCAGUAAUAAAAUUCAAAAUUUGGUAGCAAAAUAUAUGAACAGUAUGAUAUUAGAUUGGAAAAAUAUCUGUGUAGCACAUAUUUCUUGUAAUAUAUACAUGAAUAUUCAUUUAUCCUGCAACUACCCCUUGCAUUGACUUAAUAAAGGUACGAGUAAACUAAGAAACAAAAGCUUUAUUUCAUCAAUGCCCUAAGAAUGCCUCAUGUAUGCAUUCUGAUGUUCUAAUAGCAUUGUGACAUCAUACAUAUUGCAUUUUUUUGCUAUGUUAUAUGUCAGAUUCAACUGCAGAGAUGUGCCUAAAUCAGGUUGAAAAUAACUCAUUUUGGAGGUCAGAUGUAAAUUAUGUUGCAGGAUAAUCAAAAUAUAUGGUUAUUUGGGUCGAAAAUUGAUGGAGGGCUUGUCAACUCUUGCCCUUUGUCACAUUUUUUUUACCCUCGGCCAAAUAUUGUUUAUAUUUAAAGACAGUAACAAUGUAUAUUAUACAUACAUGGAUAUACCCGGUAGUUAAUGUAUCCCUAUUGAGUUUGUACAUGUAUACCUGUUCGUUGUACUUGUAGUGAUUUUAUUGAAAUUUAUGUUUAUUAGUUGUGUACAUUCUUUACAACAGGACCAUGUCCAUCAAAAGAUAUAUAUAUGACUUUAUAUUAAUAUAUUACUAGUAAUAUCAAUUAUAUUUUUUAUACUCAA